GGUAAAGGGCGAUGCCAAGGCCCGGAAUCGUCAACGAGGUUUCUUGUUCUUCUUGGAAGCCGGCGCUCGAAAGUCGUAGGUCGCCGCCCGACUCGAGGGACGCGGUCCCCUCUCCAUCCCUUCCCGAUAAGAAGGCGACCCUCCGCGAGUCCUGGCAACACCCAAAGCCGACAACAGAGAGGUGUGAGGACGAAGCCCCCUCGUCUUCCAAUAUUUGGCUUCUUUUCUGGACAAAUUUCUUCGAGAGAGAAGUUGAAGGCAUACACCAGCCAAGCCUGACCUUCAGUCCUCAGCAUUGCAGUUGUUUACAAAAUCAGUGAUGGCUUUUGCUGUGUCAGAUGAGUUGCUGGGAACCUUCGUGCCGGUCGCUGUCUACUGGAUUUAUUCAGGAAUGUAUAUGCUGCUGGGUGGUUUGGAGAAUUACCGGUUACAUCCAAAGAGCGAGGAGGAUGUGAAGAACAUUAUCUCUAAAGGAACAGUUGUUCAGGGUGUAUUGGUUCAGCAGACAUUUCAAAUUGCCGUCUCUCUGCUUCUGUUCACGGUCGUAAGCGAUGACAGUGGGAUCAUACAGCCACAGCCUUCUCCUCUUGUGAUAGUGGUGCAGCUCAUCAUUGCGAUGGUGGUUAUGGAUACAUGGCAGUAUUUCAUGCACAGAUACAUGCACAUCAACAAGUUCCUGUACAAGCACAUCCAUUCCAAGCACCACACUCUUGUUGUCCCCUAUGCCUUUGGAGCUCUCUACAAUCACCCCCUUGAAGGUCUGAUACUAGAUACAAUUGGCGGUGCCCUGUCUUUCCUUGUCUCUGGUAUGACACCCUGGACCGCCAUCUUCUUCUUCUCUUUUGCCACCAUCAAGACUGUGGACGACCACUGUGGAUUAUGGCUUCCAGGGAACCUGUUUCACGUGUUUUUUAAUAACAACAGCGCUUAUCAUGACAUCCACCACCAGCUCUAUGGUAACAAAUACAACUUCUCCCAGCCCUUCUUUGUUAUAUGGGACAAAAUUCUGGGAACCCACAUGCCUUACUCUCUUGUGGAGAGAAAGGAAGGGGGAUUUGAGGCACGGCCAAUCAAAAAGGAUUAAGAUUUUGCUGCUAUCAUCUCUAAGUUGUCUAGCAUGCUGCAUUUUUCAAAUGAAUGCCUCAUCGCCUUGCUGCUUCAUGUCCCUAAUAGUUAAUCAUCGAUUCAUUUUGAAGAAAUUAAGCAUAGAUUAUGUAUCUCACCUUUUGUUCAUAGUUUUGAAGUGAAAGCCAGAGGAUAACAUCCGUUUGAUACAGUUUCCAUUUUUGUACAAAAUUAUUGAUUUCUCCUAAAUAAGACUUUGUGUCAUUUACUUGUUA